AUGGCCAAAUUAUUGGUAAAACUCCAGCGGUAUUUUCGGCGGAAACCCCUGCGUUUCUUGACGCUGCUGGCUCUCUACCUGGCGGCCGGCAGCUUGGUUUUCCUGCACUCGGGCUUCGCCAGGGAGCCCGCGGUGACGGGGAGCCAGCGCGGCCCCGGGGCCGGCGAGGGUCCAGGGGGAAAGCCCGGAGCCUGCGGCGGCAGCCGGAGCCGGGCGCUCAGGGGCAGGAGCGGCCGCGAGAAGGAGGAGGACAGAGACGGCAGCGCGAUCUUUCGGGGCUGCUUCCGCCGGCCGGACAACGUCUCCAUCGCCCUGCCCGUCAGCCAGCUGAUGCUGAACAUGUCGGUGGACAAGUGCGUGGAUUUCUGCACCGAGAAGCUGGCCCCCGGCUUCUACACCGGCAGCUACUACUUCGAUGGGUCUCUCUACAACAAGGGGUUCAAGGGCGAGAGGGACCACUGGCGAAGCGGGAGGACGAUUUGCAUCAAAACCCACGAGAGCGGCCAGAAGGAGAUCGAGUCCUUCGACUCGGCCAUCCUGCUCAUCCGAAACCCCUACAAGGCGCUGAUGGCAGAGUUCAACCGCAAAUACGGCGGGCACAUCGGCUUCGCGGCUCACGCCCACUGGAAGGGCAAAGAGUGGCCGGAGUUCGUGGCCAACUACGCGCCGUGGUGGGCGACCCACACGCUCGACUGGCUGCGCUACGGCAAGAAGGUGCUGGUGGUGCAUUUCGAGGACCUGAAGCGGGACCUCUUCGCCCAGCUGCAGCGGAUGGUGGGGCUGCUGGGCAUCGCCGCCUGCGAGGACAGGCUGCUCUGCGUCGAGGGACAGAAGGACGGCAACUUCAAGCGAUCCGGCUUGAGGAAACUGGAGUACGACCCUUACACCCCCGAGAUGAGGAAGGUGAGCAGCAGCUACAUCAAAACGGUGGACACGGCUCUGAAACUCCGAAAUCUGUCGGGGGUCCCGGAUGACUACUACCCAAGAUGAUGGUGAUG